GAGGGGCGGAGCCGGGGCGGGGCGGGCGGCCCGGGCUUGAUUAGGUAGGAGGCGGUGGAGCGCCGGCGGCGGCCGGAAGUAGCCGAAGCAAGCGGCGGAAGUAGCCGAAGCGGCCGGAGCGGGCGCGCGGCAAGGCGAGGCGAGAGCUGCACAGGGCCCUACGCGGCCGCCUCAGCAUGUCGGACUUCGACGAGUUCGAGCGGCAGCUCAACGAGAAUAAGCAAGAGCGUGACAAGGAGAACCGGCACCGGAAGCGCAGCCACAGCCGCUCUCGAAGCCGGGACCGCAAGCGCCGCAGCCGCAGCCGGGACCGGCGCAACCGGGACCAGCGCAGCGCCUCCCGGGACAGGCGGCGCCGAAGCAAACCUUUGACCAGAGGCGCUAAAGAGGAGCACGGUGGAUUGAUUCGUUCCCCCCGCCAUGAGAAGAAGAAGAAGGUCCGUAAAUAUUGGGACGUGCCACCGCCCGGCUUCGAGCACAUCACCCCCAUGCAGUACAAGGCCAUGCAAGCUGCCGGUCAGAUUCCAGCCACCGCCCUUCUCCCCACCAUGACCCCUGACGGUCUGGCUGUGACCCCGACGCCGGUGCCCGUGGUCGGUAGCCAGAUGACCAGACAGGCCCGGCGCCUCUAUGUGGGCAACAUCCCCUUCGGCAUCACUGAGGAGGCCAUGAUGGAUUUCUUCAACGCCCAGAUGCGCCUGGGGGGGCUGACGCAGGCCCCCGGCAAUCCCGUCUUGGCGGUGCAGAUUAACCAGGACAAGAACUUUGCCUUCUUAGAGUUCCGCUCAGUGGACGAGACCACGCAGGCUAUGGCCUUUGACGGCAUCAUCUUCCAGGGCCAGUCGCUGAAGAUCCGCAGGCCUCACGACUACCAGCCCCUGCCUGGCAUGUCGGAGAACCCCUCUGUCUAUGUGCCUGGAGUCGUGUCCACUGUGGUCCCGGACUCUGCCCACAAGCUGUUCAUCGGGGGCUUACCCAACUACCUGAAUGACGACCAGGUAGACCCUUCGUCUCCUCCCGCCCCUCCCCCGUCACAGCCUUCGUCCACACUCUCAUGGCGUCUUGGCCUGCCACAGGUAAAAGAGCUGUUGACAUCGUUUGGGCCUCUCAAGGCCUUCAACCUGGUCAAGGACAGUGCCACAGGGCUCUCCAAGGGCUACGCCUUCUGUGAGUACGUGGACAUCAACGUCACAGAUCAGGCCAUCGCAGGGCUGAACGGGAUGCAGCUGGGGGAUAAGAAGCUGCUUGUCCAGAGGGCAAGCGUGGGAGCCAAGAAUGCCACGCUGAGUACCAUCAACCAGACCCCCGUGACCUUGCAAGUGCCUGGCCUGAUGAGCUCCCAGGUGCAGAUGGGUGGUCACCCGACUGAGGUCCUGUGCCUCAUGAACAUGGUCCUGCCCGAGGAGCUGCUGGACGACGAGGAGUACGAGGAGAUCGUGGAGGACGUGCGUGACGAAUGCAGCAAGUACGGGCUCGUCAAGUCCAUCGAGAUCCCCCGGCCCGUGGACGGCGUGGAGGUGCCCGGCUGUGGAAAGAUCUUCGUGGAGUUCACCUCUGUGUUUGACUGCCAGAAAGCCAUGCAGGGCCUGACGGGUCGCAAGUUCGCCAACAGAGUGGUUGUCACAAAAUACUGUGACCCCGACUCUUACCACCGCCGGGACUUCUGGUAGAGGCGGCGGGGGAGGGCAGGGGCAGGGCUGGCUGGGGCUUCUCCCCUCCAGCUCCCCCUCUUUUCCCCCUCUGAAGACGAUGGGCAGAGGAGUGACAGCCGAAUGACAGCCGGCAGCAACUGGAAUGGCAGCGAUUAAGGGUCCGGGGGGGUGGGGGUU